AUAUUCAUAGCCAUCCUUGCUGGAGGCUAAUUGUUGGCGCAAAAGACGAAGUAUUACGUACGUUGUGCACAGUUGACAGUAAUAGACUUCUGGCAACAGGGAACCCAUGGAGUUCCCUCUCAUCGUUUCAUCUCCUCCGGUGAGAUCGACGGAUCACCGGUUGCUAAAGGAAUCCAUUAUUUUCCACCACUCUUCGGCUAUUCUCUUCCCGUCGCUCGUACAUCCGCAAUUCGCCGGCAAAUGUGCUCGCAUCGGGAGAUCACGUCUUCUCAGCACGUACGCCACCUCCGACUCCGUAGCUUCAAUGGUGACGAUCCUUCGGGACGGAGGAUCGGCGGCGCUUGUGAUGGUCGGGGGGUAUUCCCUGGUGCGUGCUUUCGAUAGCCUCACCAUGCGAAACGUCAUCGAACAGAGCUUAAGCAGAAAGAUUGUCCAUGUAUUAUCUGGUCUUCUCUAUAUGGCCUCUUGGCCUAUGUUCAGACCAACUAUUUUUGUUUUUCUUCUGCCACCUUGCAGCUCUUCGUCCGAGGCAAGAUAUUUUGCUGCACUUGUUCCUCUUCUAAACAGUAUAAGGCUUAUAAUCUAUGGCCUCUCUAUUGUCACAGAUGAAAGUCUGAUAAAAUCAGUCACAAGAGAAGGAAAAUCAAAGGAAUUGCUGAGAGGUCCCCUUUACUAUGUCCUUGUCUUGUUGUUUUCUUCCUUAUUCUUCUGGCGUGAAUCGCCCAUCGGUAUCAUUUUAGUGGCUAUGAUGAGUGGCGGAGACGGUUUUGCUGAUAUUCUGGGUAGAAGAUACGGAUCUCUGAAGCUUCCUCACAAUAGAAAGAAAAGCUGGAUUGGAAGCAUUUCCAUGUUCAUCUUUGGUUUUAUUUUCUCUAUCAUGAUGCUUUACUAUUUUUCAGCUUUUGGUUACUUCCAUUUGGAUUGGAGGACCGUUGAGAAGGUAGUUUUGGUUUCUUUGGCCGCAACCAUUGCGGAAUCUCUUCCAAUAUCUCAAGUGAUUGAUGACAACAUUACAGUUCCUAUAAUCAGUACGCUUGCAGCUUGCCUUGUCUUUGGUAAUUAACUGAAGAGGUUUGUGUACUGUGAUACUGAUUGAUGUACUUUGCAUAAAUAAAACAGGCAAAAACAAGUAGAAAUGUAAUGGAAUGAAGUAGGGAAUUUUUGCCUGAAUAACUAGAAAUCAACUGUAAACAUUUAUUGAAUAAUAAUACCUAUUGUUGCAAUAAA